UGUAAUCCGUUCGCUGGCCACCACUGCUGGGGUUUGUCUUCCCCGACAUGAGUGGCAAGCCGCGCUACUAGUCUGCUGUUGUCCGUUGACCCGCACUCACCCCCAACGAUCUCAGCGCUCACCUGCAGUGUCGGCACGAAAGGAUAACCCAGUCAAAUGUUGGAUCUUCUUCAAUAUCUAUCCCAGCAACUGGUCCGCUGAAAAGUUUUGACGAUAUGACACGAACGUAUCUAGAAACAUCUCUUCCUUUGUCUUUGUAGAAUGUGAAAAUCUGGACUAGUUUUCUGGGCGUGUAAAGGAACACUAACGGUAAAAAAGUGAUUUGCGUUUCAUUAAAAGAUACUUUUAUUACUUUAGAAAAUCUCCAGACAUCUUCCGACUCACGCCUUGUGUCUCUCAAACAUUUUCGCGGUGCACAUUACUUUGACCCUAGUAUCACCCGAGCUGACUGUUAUUAGAAGAAGUAUUUUUCUUUGAACACUUGAAAAAUAACAAUUUUCAAAAUAUUGACACACUCACUCUGGAAACAUUUUAUCAAUCCCAAAGACAAGAGACCCACAAACAGUUCAUCAAAACAUAUUACUCAAAACGAGUUAAAUAAUAAUUUUUUUUUAAACCAUGGGGGUCAACGUAAUAUCAUUGUGAUGUUGUCAACUGCAGCUUGACAGUGGCGUGGCUGUUCUUCGAAAGAAGGGUUUUGCGUGCUCACAUAACCUGGUCUUUAUUCGUCUGUAACUUGAAGAAAACUUGGAGUGUGACAGUGAAGAGUGCGAUUCUACUGUCGUGUUUGAGAGACGCUUUACAUGACUCCAAGUGCUUAUGAAUUUGUUCUCACGCUCAGUCUCAAUACAGAGCAACCAGAAGCAGACACAAAAUCCGUUUAUGUUACCGAGGCAUUAGAAGGUCGAUCAGUCUGCGAUCCCCCGGGUCAAGACCCUGCUGGUUUUAACAGGUUGAGAACGGAACUGGUGACACGUUUAUGAGAAAAGUGUUUUUCUCGGCUGAAGAUAUUUUGCUACCAUAGGGGAAAAAAGACAAAACGGAUGACCGUUGCCUGUGCCUAAACAAGGAUUCUAAUGGCUAAGCCAAUCCCGACCAUGGACAGCCCAUACACAGCGUACAGUUUCAGUCCCAACGAAACUUUGGAAACGUUACUGAACGUUCUAACAACUCUACCAACAUGCAAUAUUUCGGACAACGUCACCGAAUCGAACCUCAACGAUACUGGCAUGCCAGAGAGAAGCGGCUACGCGAAAGUUUUACCUUACGUCAUGAUCGUUUGCUACAUCCUUAUUUGCAUAUUGGGCCUGGCGGGUAACGGAUUGGUCAUCUACGUCGUCCUCAUGUUUGCAAAGAUGAAGACAGUGACUAACAUGUACAUCCUCAAUCUAGCCCUUUCCGAUAUACUCUUUAUCGUCAUCCUCCCAAUGAUGGCCACCACCACCCUCAUGGAGCACUGGAUCUUUGGCUUCGCCAUGUGCAAGAUAUACUUCGUUCUGUAUUCGAUUAAUCUCUUCGGCGGCGCUUUCAACCUGUGCGUAAUGAGCGCAGACCGAUACUUGGCUGUGUGUCACCCGAUCAGAUCUCUCAAGUACAGAACCCCGCGCAUCGCUUUAUUUCUUUGCCUGUGUGUGUGGUCUCUGUCGUUCCUAGUCAUGCUACCCAUCAUCCUCUACUCUAGAACGGAAAAGCAUCGUCGGUUUCCUGGAAAAGAAUCCUGUAGCAUCUUCUGGCCUAAAGAUCAGCUUAUCCCCCCUGAUAAAGCUUUUAUUUGGUAUUCAUUCAUUCUUGGUUUCGCCAUCCCUGUUUCCCUCAUCUCUGUGUUCUACGUCCUCGUCAUUCUCCGGCUCCGCCACGUGGGGCCAGCCAAGAAAUCGAAAGAGAAAAGGAAAUCGCACCGUCGUGUCACUCGCCUCGUUCUGACCGUCAUCACCAUCUACGUCGUCUGUUGGUUGCCUUACUGGUGUUUCCAAGUGCACAUUGUGUUCAACGACGUAAAAAUCACCAGUGACGCCAUGAUCCUUGUGUUCAACGGCUUCACAGUCCUCUCGUUCGCCAACAGCAUGCUGAAUCCGUUCCUCUACGCAUUCCUCAGCGACAACUUCCGCAAGAGUUUCGUCAAGGCCUUCAAGUGCUUGUCAAACGUGGAGAUGAACAAGUCGGUGUGUAACGAGAACAGCGUGUUCCCGCGAACCAGCCAGACGUACACACGGAGUGGCGUGAUGGGAGAGGAGAGGAUGGAGCUCAGUGCGGUAGACACAAACCCUACAGCGUCACCUAACGUCGCGGAGCAGGGCUCCAUCAAAUCUCCUCAGGAUGAACACGGUUUUCUGAAACCCCCAGUGCAGCUUUGAUCAUUUACUCAUCGUUGAGACGAUGCUGUGUCCCCACAAUACAACUGCUGUGCAAGGAGACAUUUGUCCAGCUGCUCAAGAAACAAAUUUCCUGGAACUUGGCUUGACGUCUAAAAUAACAGACUUCUAUACGGGCUGUUCCUAAUAGACACGGGAAAGGGCGGAAGCUCGAAAUACAAGUAUCAAAGGAAUUCAAUUUUUCUCGCCUUUCGAGAAGACAGUAUCCUUUCAGUCUCGACUUGGGAGGGGGGGGGGUGGCGUAAUCAAAUACAAAGUUUCAGGAACGAAGAUGUUGUGAAGCUUGGGACCUCGUGCUCUGAAGGAAAACUCGUGUUAGGCAAGACAUGCUCCGGGACUUCGUGACCUUCACCAGCGACUGCCGGAGAGGGACUGAUUUUGAAUGGAGAGUGGAAAAGGAGGGGGGGGGGGGCGCGACUUAAAGAGGUUGUUUAGUGCUGACUGUCACUGAAAUGUAUUUUUUUAAAAUUAUCUCCGCAAAACAUAUCACACGAUUAUCUCCUGCUGCGAAAGAGCACUGAUCUAUGUACUGCUUAACGUAUGUUUUGUAAACGAUUUUAUAGUUUUAGAAAUUUUUAUUUGGAAACCAAUAAGAUUGACAUUGUACAACUCAGCAUUCAUUACCAUCUAUUGCUGUUUGUGAAAUGGUUGUAUUGUUAAACAAUCUAAAUACUGAACAUUGCAUUUCAAAAUUAGAAAUCUGCUUAAUUCACGUGUAUCAGUUAGAAUAAGAAUUAUUUUUGAACCUGUUCUUCAUUGAGAGGUUGAAUUUUAUGUUCGCUAAAUUUGUUUCUAUUUUUACAAAGUUUAAAAUUACACCCCAGGAUAUUGGAACGUAGAUACAACAGGAAGAUUACACAUUUCGACUACCCUAUUUUGUAACGUAUGUUAAAGUCGUCAUGGGGGUGCUUUGGGGUCGUUUUCUUUUCUUCCUUUUAUUUAUCCGUCUCUCUGCAGUUUGUCUAGAUGUCUGUGUGCAAAUCUCUCUGCCUUUCUCCCUUCUCUACUUCUUUCUAUCUAUCUAUCUAUCUAUCCUUCUAUCUAUUUAUCUAUCUAUCUAUCUAUCUAUCUAUCUAUCUAUCUAUCUAUCUAUCUAUCUAUCAAUCUAUCUAUCUAUCUAUCUAUCUAUCUAUCUAUCUAUUUACCUAUCUAUCUAUCUCGUUUUGGCGAAGGAUACUCUCGCCAAAAGUAUUUAUCUCCAUACGAGUGUGUUAAGACAAGAUCAGAUGAGUAUCGGGUCAAAAUGUGGUGCCUAAAUGAGCUAAAAUUUGGUUCAUCAAUGUUUUUACUCCCACAAAAAGCUCAUACUGUAUACACCGAAUGUUUAUACACUGAAUAAAAGAGCCACCCCCAAAAAAAUAAAAACAACAAAAACAACAAACAAACAAACAAAAAACCAAGCAAAUUCAACAGCAACAAAAGAAAAACUAGAGACAGAUCCCCCGAAACAGCCUUGGUGAAAAAGUACGAACAAAGUAAGACACAACACAGC